AUGUAUUUGUUUAUUUACUUCUACCUCCUCAUGAGCUUUUUUGAAGAAGCACAUGGGUUUUGUCCUUCACAAUGCACUUGCGUUUACCACGGCAGGAGUGAUGGCACUGGAACAAGGUCUGUGCUCUGUAACGAUCCUGACAUGUAUGAGAUCCCUGUGAAUGUUCCUGUGGAUACUGUAAAACUUCGUAUAGAGAAAACUGUCAUACGAAGGAUUCCAACUGAAGCCUUUUAUUACCUAGUAGAUCUCAAGUACCUGUGGGUAACUUACAACUGUGUAGCCAACAUUGAUAUCAGCAGUUUCUAUAACCUGAAACAACUGCAUGAGCUACGUCUGGAUGGUAAUCUGCUCUCCACUUUCCCUUGGGAAUCCCUGGCGGAGAUGCCCAGCCUACGGACUCUUGAUUUACACAACAAUAAAAUGACCAGCAUUCCUGCUGAUGCUGGCAGGUACCUGAGAAACCUCACCUACCUGGACAUAUCCAGCAACAAGCUAACCACCUUGCCAUCAGACCUGAUGGACAUUUGGCCUCCCUUCUCAGAAACCAUCCCGUCGAAGAGCACAGACAUUCUGGUGACCCAGCGAGUCAUUUUGGGUUUUCAGGACAACCCCUGGUUUUGUGACUGUCGCAUCUCAAAGCUUAUUGAGUUUUCCAAAAUUGUGGACAACUCAGUUGUUCUUCUUGAUCCGUUGAUUUCAUGUAGUGGACCUGAGAGCCUGGCAGGAAUCUUGUUCCAGAGAGCUGAGUUGGAGCAAUGUCUUAAACCAUCCGUGAUGACAUCAGCAACAAAAAUCACUUCCCCUCUGGGAAGCAACGUUCUGCUCCGCUGCGAUGCAACUGGGUACCCAACUCCACAGCUUACUUGGACUAGGUCAGACAAUAUACCAGUGAACUAUACAGUAAUUCAAGAAUCACCUGGAGAGGGUGUCAGAUGGUCCAUAAUGAGCUUGACAGGGAUUUCAUACAAGGAUGCAGGAGAAUACAGAUGUAAAGCCAAGAACUUAGCAGGAAUGUCAGAAGCUGCUGUUACUGUCACAGUGGUUGGUGUUGUUACUACAACUGUGUCACCGCAGAAGUACGGAAGGAAGCAAGAGGCAGAGAGACAGAAUACCACUCAGGAGGAAUCCAAGCAGGAACCUGAGAGGACAACCACACCUCUUCCCACCACACCAACCACCACAGCACUGGUUAGUACUGAAAGAUCAACGAGCAGCAAAUUUACUGACAAGAAGCAAUCCAGGCCCGUGUUUGAUGGAAAGAAAAAUUCAAAGGCAGUGACAAAUGGAACCAAAAAGCAGACUGUGCAGCUAAGCAAGAAAGUGGAGGAGAUUCCACUGAACACAGCAGGUAUUGCUGAGCAAACUGUUGCUGUGAAGAACCUAAGAGUGAUCAGUGAAACUGAUGAAAGAGUGACCUUAACUUGGAAAACUGUCAAUGCCACAAGCAGCUCAGCAGUGACUGUGUUAUACUCAAAGUAUGGUGAAAAAGAUAUGUUGCCUCUCAGCACUGAUUCUAGCAAAAACAGAGUCACAAUUGAUGGUUUGGAACCUAGUACUCAAUAUAUGGCAUGUGUCUCACCCAAAGGAGUGCCACCUACAAAAGACCAGUGCAUUAUUUUCUCCACCGAUGGGUUAAAUGAUGAAAGUGACUCUCAGUUUUCUAUUCUGAUAGUGGGCAGCAGUGCAGCAUGUGUAGUUGUUUUACCUUUGAUAUUUUUCUUGCUCUACAAAGUUUUAAAACUUCAUGUGAGACCCAAAACUGCAAAGGAAGCUGACCUGGCAAAAGAGACCUAUGUUAAAUUUGAAACACUCUCUCUGAAGCCUCGAACAGUGAGUGCAGGAGAGCAGCUCUGGGCGCGAAGAUACACAGAUGAGUCAGAAAGACUUCUCCUUUGUUCUAGGUCAAGCAUGGAUUCUCAAAUGACCUUCAAAAGUGAGGGCUCUAGGUCGGAGUAUCUGUGUUGA